AAAUGCAUCAGUUUAUGAGGCGCUGGCGAUCUGCAUCCAUUGCCCUUUUUGACUUUGCUGCAAUAGCGCGCGACCUUUACGGAAUUCAAGUACAAUAAUAAGAGUUUGACCAGGGCCAACAGCAGAGCUAGGAAGAUGUCAGUUACAAUCACGGAAGAAAUCUUUGGCCUGGCCAAGAAUCCCUUCACCAAAGUGCCCGAAAUGGUGCGUCGCUUCACCAUGACCAAUCAGAACAAGAUGUCCGUUUCGGUAAUACAGCUAGGCGCCAUCAUCCAGAGCGUGUGCAUGCCGGAUGCCUAUCAGAAGAUCGAGGAUGUGUGCCUUGGCUUCGACGACAUUGCCAGCUAUGUGAAUACCAAGCACGCGUACAUUGGCGGCACUCUGGGCCGUGUGGCGAACCGGGUGGCCAAUGGCUCGUACACUGUGGGUGAGACCAAGUACGAGCUAACGAAAAACUUCAAGGACACGUAUCAGCUACAUGGCGGCUUUAUUGGCUUCGAUAGCGUAAUUUGGGAGGUGGCACGUAAAUCAGAUAUAUUGGGUAUUACGUUUAAGCAUGUAUCGCCCGAUGGGCACGAGGGCUAUCCAGGCAACUUAACUGUCACCGUAACGUAUUGGCUGGACAACCAGAAUCGAUUGGGUAUACGCUACGAGGCGUUUACGGACAAAACGACUCCCAUCAACCUUUCCAAUCAUGCCUACUUUAACUUGGCUGGCCACAAUGCCGGCUUUAAGGGACUGGCGGAGCAUACAGUGGAGAUAGCGUCCAAGAGGAUUAUCGAUACGGAUGACGACCAAAUUCCUACCGGUGAAUUCCUGGAUGUGGACGAUACGGUCUUUGAUAUGCGUAUACCCGUGUUGAUUGGGGACCGGCUGAAGCAGUUCGAUAAUCGUUUAAUCAAGGGAUACGACAACUGCUUUGUGGUUAACGAGGGCAAGGAGGGCACCAAUCUGAUUGGCAAGCUGGCCCACCCACCCAGCGGCCGUGCCAUGGAGAUUUAUUCCAAUCAGCCGGGUCUGCAGUUCUACACGGCCAACAAUUUGCCGGACGAGGAGAAGGGUGAUGCUCCCAUGAUUGGCAAGGAGUGUUCGCAUUAUCGCAAGCACGGCUCAUUUUGCGUGGAAACCGAGAAAUUUCCGGAUGCUGUCAACCAUCAAAAUCACGAUUUUCCCUCCAUAUUUCUCAACCCCAACGAAAAGUACCUCCAUGAAGUCAUAUACAAGUUUGUCGUCGAACAGUCCUGGAAAUGCUGCUGUAAUAAAUAGUAAUAGAUUAAUAAAACAGCUUACAGAUUUAUAGUAUUC